AGGCCCCGCUGUUCAACGCAGCCGUGCACACAACCCUCGCGCAUCCACACGAGCACGAACUGAGAAAAACACAAAAAAAAGAAGAGGAGAAAAAUAAAGCGUACACGCAUUACCGAUCUGCGCUUAUCGUCUGCAGCGUGUUUUGUUGACUGGCACGCCAUUGCCGUCCUUCGUUUGUUGUUGCUGCCUUGAUUGCCGAAGCAGCCUGGCAACGCGGCUCGCUGCUCCUCUGCUCGGUUCUUUCCUCCCUUACGUCCUAGGACCCCGCUAGACAGCACAAAUCUAUCACACAUAGAAAUACUAGAACUAGAAGAACUCAAAUAAUAACAAUAAUUAAAAUAAAAUAAUGGGGCAUUCAAACGCAGCACCCUUGACGCUGGGCGACGUAGCCCACUUCCCGCACGACCUCCAGCCCGACCAGUCCACCUACGGCGGCCGCUUCUUCCACUUUCUCGCCAUGACGGACCCCCGCACCCUCCUCACUACCCCGACCCGUCUCGCGCUGAGUGAGCAGCUGCUGGAGAAGGUCGGCAAGCGCGAUGACGGCUGGCAAGACGUGAGGGUGACGGACUACCUCGACGCACGGCAGCGGGUGCAGUGCAUCGUGCACCCUGAGUCGAAGCAGCCGAUUUUGCUGCCCUUUCGCUUUUCCGCCUUUGUGCCGAUGAACUUUAUCAACCUGUGCGGGAUGCUGGCCCCCUCGCAGCAGACCCCGCUGCGUGGCAUGUUCUGGCAGUUCUCGAACCAAACCUACAACGUGGGCUUUAACUACUGCAAUGGCAGCGGCAAGAACGGCCUACCGAUGCGGGAGCUGUGCCUGGGCUACUGCGUCGCCACCUGCACGGCCUGUGGCAUCUCGUAUGCAAUGAGCAAGAUGGCGGCCUCCUCGGCUGCCGUGGGAGGGUUCUGGAAGCUGAUGAUUCCGUAUACGGCGGUGGCGUGUGCGAACAUCGCCAACCUGGGUGUAAUUCGCUUUCGCGACGUGCUGCAGGGCAUCGCGGUGCAGGACCCGGAGACGGGAACCGACCUAAACGACGGCACGCCGUCCGCGGUGGCAGGUCGACUGGCGGUGGCGCAGGUGGGUCUGAGUCGUGUGAUGAUUCCAGUGCCGCUGAUGCUCCUUCCGCCAGUCUUUAUGAACUUCCUCUUUCAUCCGGUGAAGGGGAUUCCUUUCUUUGUGAAGCGGCACACGCAGUUGUACCUGCCGAUGAACGUUUUGACGCUGGUGAGCGUGUUGUGUGUGGCGCUGCCGAUGAGCAUCGCGGUGUUUCCGCAGACGACGGUGGUGCCGGUGACGUGGCUGGAGAAGUCGUUUCAGGGGCGGAAGAACGACCUGGGACACGCCGUAACGCACGCGCAAUUCAAUAAGGGGCUGUAA